CACACAAACGUGCGAUGCUGAUUGAAGCUGUUUGUAUGACAACAAAAAUCCUCACGAAGAGAGAGAGAGAGAGAGAGAGGAACUGUGUCUGAAUUCUGAAAAAACUGGAACAUGUCUUCAACUACUGUGGUAGGCUCUAUUUCUACAACAGCAGCUUUGACACCCUUGUUGCCAUCAUCACGUACAAGUAGAAGCACAUUUGGCGCCAAUUCCACCUCCACAAGCUUCCCCGCUACUCCACUCUCCUCCAAUCUCCUCUUCUUCAAGCUCAAUCACACUUCUUCUUCUUCUUCCAAACGAACCUCAACCUUCCAUGGCUUCAAGCGCUUUUCACCCGUCAUGGAGUGGCAGGAUUGCACGGUUAAGAUGGAGAUUGAUGUGCCCAUCUCUGUAGCCUACACUUGUUAUUCUGAUCGCGAAGCCAUCCCAAACUGGAUGCCCUUUAUUUCUUCUGUUAAGAUAUUGCCAGACAAACCUGACCUGUCACGGUGGUCCUUGAAGUAUAAAGCAUUUGGUCGUGAUAUUGAAUUCUCUUGGCUUGCUCGUAAUAUGCAGCCCAUUCCAAAUCAGAAAAUUCACUGGCGAUCUAUGGAAGGUCUUCCAAACAGAGGUGCUGUGCGAUUCUAUCCAAAAGGUCCUUCAUCAUGUGUAGUAGAACUGACAGUCUCAUAUGAGGUUCCUCAACUUUUAGCUCCAGUGGCAUCGGCACUGCAGCCUUUCCUUGAAGGUUUACUUCAACGUGGUUUGGAAAGAUUUGCUACAUUCGCCAAAAGCUACACCUAAAUUUUUAUUAUGAUUGUCCUGAUUUUUAUAGCAGGGCUACAUUUCUAAAAGUGAACAUACCUGAUUAUUUUCAUGGCGAUCUCAUUCUGUCUGAACAUUGAUUGAAUUACUGUUAUCAUGCCAAUUUUUGGUUGCAUGAAUGGUUAUCCCAUUUUGAAGUGUUAAUUAAUUAUGUAUAACUCUGAUAGACGGUCUUAAUGCAAAAUGAACACAUCCGACAUAAUGUUAAA